CCAAGAAGAGAAGAAAAACCAAAUAAUACUUUAAUGAUUCGUAAUCUUCCAUUACAUAUUAGUGAUAAAGAUAUAUUGGCAGAAAUUAAUCAAUUUGGUCUAUAUCCAAAAGAUGUACGACUUAUGAGAAAUAAAGAAACAGGUCAAUCACGUGGAUUUGCUUUUAUAGAAUUUAUUUCCAUUGAACAGGCAACUCAAUUAAAAGAAUUUACUCAGGAUUGCCUAACAUUUGGUGGUGAAUAUGAAUGUACAUUACAUUAUAGUUUUCCAAAAGAUAAUAUAAUUCCAAUAGAUAAAAAUGUAUUGAAAAGUGAUUGGAGUUGUCCAAAGUGUGGAAUCAACAAUUUUAAACGUCGUGAUGAAUGUUUUAAAUGUGGAACAAGUAAAGAUGAAACACCAAUUAACGAAGACUACAAUAAUAAUAAUGACAACAAUGUAACCGUCAGGCAACCAACCAAUGUAUUAUUGAUUGGAAAUCUAUCAUCGAAUACAACUGAAGAAACUGUAUUGGCUACAAUUGGAUCAUUAACAUCAUUACCAAUCAAAUCGAUUCGUAUGAUAACAAUGGCAAAUCAAAAUCUAUUAUCAUUACCAUUACCAAUAACAACCAAUACAUGUAUGGUAGAAUUACAUAGUGUUUAUGAAUCAACCGAAUUGUUUAAUAUUCUAUCAACAUUAAACGAUGGUUUAACUAUUGAUAAUAAUUUGAUAACCAUUUCAUAUGGUAAACGAUUAAAUGAUCAAUCAACAUCAUCAUCAUUAAUAUCAACAAAUCAAUCAAUGGCAUUACAAAAUGCAGCCGUUGCUGCAUUAGCUGCUGCACAAUGGAAAAAUCUUGAUGAUUCAUCAUCAUCAACCAGUAAUACGGCUGUUUCAAAAAAAACUUCAACAAACAAUCUUGGCAGUGUUACAGUGAAUGGUGUUAAAUAUACUAAAUAUAAUCCACCUGAUUAUAAUAGUUUUCAAUAUGAUCAUAAUUCUGGAUUUUAUUAUGAUUCUACAACUGGAUUUCAUUAUGAUUCAAAUUCACAAUAUUUUUAUAAUUCUCAAAAUCAAAAAUACAUGUAUUAUGAUAAUACUAAUCAGAUAUACAUUACUGUGGAUAGUAAUGGACAAGCAACUAAUGAAACGACAACAACAUCGACAACAACAACAACCGUAGAUAACAAUCCUCAACAACAACAACAGCAGCAGCAAACAAAAACAAUAACCGAUGAAAAAGAUAAUAAAGCUAAAAUGGCUAAAAAAAUUGCCAAAGAUAUGGAAAAAUGGGCAAAAACAUUGGCAUUGAAUAAUAAUAGUCAACGUAAAGAAUCGGUAACAAACAAAUCACAUACAACAACAACAACAACAACGACGGACGCUGAUGCAGAAUCAUCAUCUGAAUGUCCACCACAAUCAUCAUCAUCGAAUAUUAGUUAUCGUAUUCUUUCGGAAAAACAACAACAACAACAAUUAUCCAAUUCGCUUAACAAUGAUAAUUCUACAAUGGAAACGAUAAAAGAAACAAUAGAUCCAUUCGAAAUAAUCAAAACGGAAGAGGAAAAAUUAAUUGAUCAUGAUCGUCUUGCAUGUAUGCUAUGUAAACGACAAUUCAAUAGCCGAGAAUUAUUAUCAAAACAUCAACAACUUUCAAGUCUACAUAAAACCAAUCUUUCUGUGUUAAGACAAACAUUGCUGAAUGAAGAACAAUUGGAACAUGUUGAACAAGUGGAAAGAGAAAUGAACUAUAGAGAUCGAGCAAAAGAACGUAGAGAUAAAUAUGGUAUUGAUGAUACACCAGAAUUUUCGAAACGAAAAUUUGAAAUGGAAAAACAAGAAAAAUCAAGAGAACAACGAACACCGCCACCACCGAUUUCCGAUGAUAAUAUUGGUAGCCGAAUGCUUAAAGCUAUGGGCUGGACCGAAGGAACCGGUUUAGGAAAAUCUAAUCAAGGAAUGUCAGGUAUUAUUGAAGUGGAACGAAGAAAAUCUGGUCUUGGUCUUGGUAAUCAGAAUGCAACAUUUUCAAGAGAAUCAUAUAAAGAAGCUGUUCGUCGUACAGCAUUACAACGAUUCAAAGAGAUGAAUGAUUCUAAUUAAAAAAAAA